UAUUAUAUACAGUGAAUAUGAUCGUGAACUGAAAGGGCUUCUCGAAAGAAAAUAAGUCUGUGCGACAACAACAACUCACCGCACACACGUUAUACAAUACACAAUAAUAAUAUUUCAAGACUGGAUUUUAUAUGAAGUGUCUUUGUAAUUAAUUUUUUUUUUUUUUUUUUUUUUUGAUUGUCAGAAUGCGAAUGCAGAAAGUAAAAUAACGCAUCGAGUAUUAUAUAGACAAAAAGUCGAAUCACUGUGUGGUCCAUUUUUAUUGAUAUGUCUUUAAAGAAGAAUCUACAUAUCUUGCCGGCUACGGCUUGAAGAAUACAUAUAUCAUGGCUGAUCCAACUAUACAGACAUUUUGCUGUCAUUCGAAUAAUAAUUCCGAUAUGACAACUAUAAUAAUGCAAAAAUUUAACACCGAUGCUUAUAAUAUUGUGUGUAUGGUUUCUUCAAUAAUGGGAAUUUUAGGAGCAAUUUAUCAGGUAUUACCACGUGAGGACUCGGGUUUACCACAUCGAUGGCAAAGUUUUUCUGGAACAAGAGGGAGACAUAUAAUCAUUUGUCUUGCAGUAGCUGAUUUUUUUGCUGCCCUAGGCGUUUUUAUUAGAUCUGCAUUGUGGAUUAAUUUUAAAAGUAUAAUGCCAGUGGAACAUGACACGACAAGUGUAAUAUUCUGCACUCUUUCUUCGGCUUGGAUACAAUACUUUUACAUGGCAACAUGGAUUUGGACCUUUUGCUAUGCAAUUGAUAUGAAACUUCUACUUGGAGAGCGAGCAGGUUAUCCAAAAUUGUAUCACGCAUUUGCUUGGAUUUGUCCAGCGAUUUUGACCUCUAUUGGCCUUGUAAUUUUAUACGUUCCCAAUGCAAACUGUCACAGCUUAACGAGUCUAUCAACUGUAUUGCUGCGAAUUCUUCCAAACUACUGUGUAACAUAUGUGCUUCUGGCAAUUGUCAUGAUUCUUAAUCCAGUAUUAUAUAUUUCGUCAACAAAAGAUCUGAAAAAUGCCGUCACUUGUAGUUUAGCACAGAUGACGAAUCGAGAAAGAAAAUUAGUUCAAACUGUAAGAUUAAAAUUCGCAUUGAUAAAUGUUGCCUAUUAUAUUUGUUGGAUUCCAAAUAUUAUUAAUGGAAUUUUAUUGUGGACCCUGUGGUUUGAAUUACCAGCCAAAUUGAUCAUUACUCUCUGGUUUAUUAUGGCGGUUACGAAUCCACUGCAAGCGUUCUUUAAUGCUUUAGUCUAUCAAAAAUGGGGACGUCGAGAAAAAUUUCGCCUCGAUUGGUGUUAUAAAUUAAAACGAUUAAGAUUUGAGCAAAGUAGAAGUAAAUCGAGUUCAGGGGUCAGUGAAAUUUCUCCUCUUUUAACAUCGAGAUUUCAACAUACCCCACACACAAGUAUCAAUGGUUCUUCAUCUCUCUAGACUGUGAUAAUUAAGAUUUCAAAAUCUAUACUCAAGUUCAAAAUAUAAGUGCUUUUGAGAUAUAUUAUUUUUUAUUUAUAUAUGGAAUUUUUUAAAAGUAAGGUCCAUUUUUGUUUUUUAAAUAGCUCGCUUACUUAAAAAGAAAAAAAAAUAAUAAUAAUAUAAAUAUUUCAAGAAUUGAAAAUUAUUCAUUUUAGAUUACAUUAAUCUAAAAUAUAUUUUUUGAAAAUAUUUAGGUAUAAUUGUGUCUGUGUGUGUGUUAUAAUUGUAUGUAUUUUUUUAAUAUUAAGCUUCUUCGAUGGUCUUGUAAAAAUACUCGAAAAGUUUCAAAUUGAUAUUUAUAAAUACUUUUUUUUUCGUGUGCUGUAUAUAUGUACGUUUACACAUUCUUAAAUUAAUUAAAAAAAAAGUAUUAAAUAAUAUUUUUGUCUAUUGUAUAUUGCAUAUUUUAUACAAUCCAUACAAAUUGCUAAUAAAAUAUUAAAUAUUCUAAAUAAUAAUAAAUUGAUGAAAUUUUGUUUUGUUCUGACCGUUGAAUUCAAAAUAUAAUUAUUAUGAUUGCCUUGUAAUUUAUUUUAUGUUAAAAAAUAUUAAUAGAAAAAAAAAAAUCUAAACUAUUGUGAAAAUUAUUAAAAAUAUUUAGUUCAUUUCUUGAGACAAACGCGUACUAUAACAGAAACUUAAAAUUUAUUCAAUACAUUACAAUAGAUUAAAUCAAGAGGUAGAGCCCACGUGUCCAUAUUCUCAAAAGACAAGGUUGGUUGUUAGAUUAUAUUUUUUUUUUUAUU